CUCUUCGCUCUCAGUUGCGAGAGUAGAAAGCAGAAAGAAAGAGGGAAAAAAAAAACUUGGAAAAAAAAAAAAAAAAAAAAACAGCAAAGUCAGACUCAGCUCAGACCUCUCUCUCUUGCAUGUAGAUGCUCCUGGAAAACCCUAACUCGUCAACUAGACUCAGCGCGACUCGUAGACGGUUCACACUUAUGGCGAACAACCCUUCUGAAGCUCCGAGUGACGAUUUUCUCGAGCAAAUUCUCGGCCUCCCAAAUUUUGCUUCGGCCGAUACUAAUUUGGCGGGAAGUGACGGUGGCCUUGCCGGAGCACCAGCGGCUCCGAUGAUGUUGCAGCUCAACUCCGGCGACACAGCCGGCCACAUGGCCACUGUGGGCGGUGGCGGUGCUGGAUUUCAUGCAUCAGUGUUCCCGUUAGGGUUGAGCUUGGAGCAGGGAAAGGCAGGGUUUCUAAAGCCCGAAGACGCCUCAGGGAGUGGGAAGCGGUUUCGUGACGACGUCGUGGAUGGCAGAGCGUCGUCCGUGAAAAAUGUUUUUCAUGGACAACCGAUUCCCACCUCUGUUGCUACAGCACCUCACCCACCAGCUAUGCGACCCAGGGUGCGAGCAAGAAGAGGACAGGCCACAGAUCCACACAGCAUUGCUGAGCGGUUGCGGCGAGAAAGAAUAGCGGAAAGAAUCAGGGCAUUGCAGGAGUUGGUUCCAAGUGUCAAUAAGACAGAUAGAGCUGCCAUGCUUGAUGAGAUUGUGGAUUAUGUGAAGUUCCUAAGACUCCAAGUAAAGGUUUUGAGCAUGAGUAGAUUGGGCGGAGCUGGUGCAGUGGCACCACUUGUAACGGACAUUCCACUAUCGUCAGUUGAGGAAGAAGGAAAUGAAAGUGGGAGAAACCAACCAGCAUGGGAAAAGUGGUCUAACGAUGGCACAGAAAGACAGGUGGCUAAGCUUAUGGAAGAAAACGUUGGGGCUGCAAUGCAGUUGCUUCAAUCGAAGGCACUCUGCAUCAUGCCCAUCUCACUGGCCUCUGCAAUUUACCACACACAACCACCGGAUACAGCUAGUGUUGUGAAGCCUGAAACUAACCCCCCAUCGUAGGCCUCAGCAAAGGUUUAACCCAAUUUCCCAAGGUCUCGCAGAAACUCAGUUAGAUGCUCCUGGGUCCCAUGGGUUAUUUGUCCUGUCCAACCCUCCAUCUUUUGUUGGUUCAAAUUGCAAUCAAAGUCAGAUGCCAUAGUUCUUGCUUUUUAGCCUUUUUUUUUUUUUUUUCCUUUUUAACUUCUUUUUUUUUUUUUUCAAAAGAGGGUUCGAUGUCAAUGCCCUAAAAAAUGCAAGCAAGCCUUUUGUGUCUUUGCCAAGUUCAAGUAAAGGAGAAGAAUUGUCAAAGUUUACAUGAUAUGCUCUUUCUUUUUGUAUCAAUGGUGGGGGUAGUGGAAAAUGAUGGAAGCACUUUCAUAGUGGGGCUCUCUCAUUUUUGGUUAGUGGGUUGUGGGACCUUUUAAAAGGAUAAAAGAGUAUAUAUAUAUUUUGAAAUGA